AUGUGGUCGUUCUAUAAACUUUGCUUAGUGACAGAAUCCAAUUACACAUUUGCCGUGCAUCUACAUAAUGAUAAGCCAACCCUGAGCCCUAUAACCCUGCCAUUAGACCAAAAGAAGAUGAUUUUAGAUCAUAUCGGAACUAGAAGCGAAGACAGAAUUACGACUGUAUACCAAGUUGAUCCUGGCUUCUACAAGAAAAUCCUCUCUAGGAACAGGUCUCUCAGCAAUUCCAGUCGCAUUUUCGAUAACCCUGGAGAGGUCCCUUUCACUUGGGAAAUGCAGCCUGGAAGGCCUAGAGAAGCACCUAACAUUGAGACGGUACCGCCAAUUAGGCUCCCACCGGCUGUUCAUGGCUUGAACAUGCCAAAGCCACGCUUUCAUCACUCGGGCCCUAUGGCUUACAUCUCGAAGUACAUCAAGAAAUUGAAAAUGAUAAAGAACAUGCAACUUGGCUUACCACCAGCAGUUCCAAGCUCGGGCAUGCCGAAGCCUAAAAUUCCUCACAAGAAGGUUAAAGUUACAUUUUUGAAGAGCUUGGAGAAAGCAAAGAAAGCAAAGAAUCUUCGAAUUGGAAAGAAAACCAACAGUAGUUAUCUUCAUAAGAAAUCGAAAGCAAAACCUGUGGAGACUAAUGGCUAUGCUAGCGGCACAGACGAAAGUGAUGGCUCCUGCAUCAUUGAUGGAAAUCAUUUUACACCAUCACCUACAACUUCUGUUGCAAGUGGUUCAUCACGGUCAUCAUCAUCAUCUUCAUUUAACCAUGCCAAGAAACUGCCGAAAAAAUUACGAUUCUGGAGUCUACAUAAGGAACUUAGGAAAUGGAGAACAACCAAGUGA